CGUGGCCAAAAUGGAUGCCUCCGUGAUAUCUCAGUUAGAGAGAAUUAAUGGAUCAGGGAAUACGUCGUGACUAAUGUAUUUAACGGUUAUAUCCCUGUCGAAUCUAACUUUGCCGUAGGUGAUGUAUGUAUCGGGAAUGUCAACACUAUUUAAAAGGGAUCCACGGAUAUGCAAGACACCAGUGAGUAAACAUUUAAACAGUGUAUGACUGCACUCCAAAUAAUUAUGACUACGCAUUCUCAAAAUGCUUUCAUUGCAAGAGUCGUAAAUAUCCACACCCAACUUGUGAAAUACGGAAAAAUAUGCCACUGGAAUAAAGGGAUUACUACCUCAGGUUUACAUGUAUAACGGACAUUGUAUGCUAUUACACAGCUAUCUGAGAAGAGAUUCGUCAUAAGAUAGUGAUCUACAUUUCCUGUAUUAGUCAAGACAUGUCACCAUCUGGAAUUAUUCAUAAAACACAGUGGCGCGUCAUAAUGAUGUAAAGAACUUAAUGGUGUUGUUUUUAAAUCCAAACAAUGAAGAUUUUAAACGACAAAGCCUUGUGUCGGUACGCCAGUUCUGGUGGCCCGUCCGAUAAAGAGGGGUACCUGAUGAAGAAGGGUGAGGUAAACAAGGGCUUCCAGAGGCGAUGGUUCGUGCUGAAAGGAAACUUACUCUUCUACUCCGAGAAAAAAGGUGACCGAGAACCCUUGGGUGUCAUUGUGUUAGAAGGCUGCACUAUUGAACUUGCUGAAAAUUCAGACAAUUUUACAUUCCAAAUAUAUUUCCUAGGAUCAAGCAGUCGAACAUACAUCAUCAGUGCUGAAAGCCAGGAGCUAAUGGAGUCAUGGAUGAAAGCACUUUCGGCGGCAGGAUAUGAAUAUGUGAAACUCAUGGUGAGCGAACUUCAGCAAAAACUGAGAGAAGCAAAUUCUGAGGAACAGAGGAAAGUGGUUGAGGAGGCUGAACGACAGAGUCGAAUAUUGUCCCAAACAUACAUCGAGAGGCAGGGUUUAGAAGUCAAAGGAAACCGUCAGGCGGUGGUUUGUGGAGACAAGAGAAUGAAUCCAUUUAAUCAGAGAUUGAGUUCAGGGUCGGAGUGGGAGUCAUGUGAUUUGUUCAAUGUGAUGGAAGAAGGGGCUCCGGGGCCCUACAGUCCCCAUACCAGCUGGGCUCAGAGGCCUGUCAGGUCCUUUGUGGAAAUGCAUGAAGAGAUCAUGAAACAGGUCGCCACACUAGGAGUGGAAUGGAAAAAACGGCAGGCAAACAUUUCGGAUGAGAAGAAACUGAAUGGGCAAAUUGGAUCCCUUGGUCCUCUCAGUUGACGUAGGCAGUGAAUGACUGAACAUUAAUGUAGGAACAAGAUACUGUAGAGCUUGUAGAGGCUAUUUAACACAAGUUAUAGUGUAGGGAUUUAGUCAUGGCACUUUUCUUGAAGAGAUUUGUGAAGUUGUGUGUUUGUGCUUAAUCGUUAAUUCUGUGUUUGAAAUUAAGGAUGGAAGUCAGUGGGUCCUAUUUAUUACUCUUGAGGGAUAAAGAUGUAGACACAAGGCUCAUUAAGUUGCAGCAGCCCGGCUCCACAUGGACCGCUCUCCGCACCCCUAUUUCUAACGCUGAUAUUGAUGAAUAAAAACAUGUCAUGUUUAUGAUUUUAAAUCAUUAAUAUCAAAGAAUGUUUGUAUAAUGUUUUCACACAUGUAUUUGAAUCAUUCCAUGAGGCUUUAUUUAAAACGUUGUUUUCUUUUACAAGAUUUCUGCCAUGUUUAAACUAUCACGUUUCAUACCAUCUGUACCUUUCCAUAAUUGUCAGACUAUUCAAACUAUAGAAACUAAACCUCACAUUUCAGUAAACUCUUGCCGGACUGUGUGAAGUUUUUGCUUGCCUUAAUCUCAUUCCACUGCAAACUGAGUCCUGGUGUAAAUUCCCUCACUAACUCUAAACAACAUCAUACGUUAGAUGUAAGUGUUCUAAGCUUGAUAUGCCUUCAUGCUCACUGUGAUAACACCUUUACCAUGUGUACAAAGGUUUCUGUUUGGGGUCAAGGCUGAUUUUUCGUGUAAAUGCUACUUAUGCUAAUAGUUCGUCUUUCAGGUAGGGUGUCAAAAUACCUGCGUGCAGAUGUACUGAUGGAUUGUUUUGCUCCCUUCAUACCCCAUUGUUAAAAUCAUGAUUUAGAUGUCUGUGGACUCAAACACCACAUCAUUACACCUCAAGAACCCAGAACCUCGUCAGUUUACCUACUUUACCAGGCUAUAUAUUGAUCUGCGUAUGUUUACAAAUAUGACAUUUCAAGUGUGUAUGGUAUUCUGUAUGUAAAUGAAAUGUCGACCAAUCAAAUGAUACUGAUCAUAUCACCAUGAUGAGCACUAGUUUUUGUGAUGGUUUCCAUGGCAAUAAGACGAUGGGGGUUACAUGUGGGGACAAUGUUACCAUCAUUUCACUAUAAGGUCACUCAAUAUACUAGUAUUUCCAGUGUAUGAAAUAAGGCCCGUCCGACCGCCCGAGACGGGCUAGAUUUCUGACGGACGGUCUAAAUUUACAGCUAGCCAGCCCGAUGGUCUGGUAAAAAAUUUCUGGCUUAUUUCAUACACUGGUAUUUCCUUCUGUUCCAAUUGUGUCUAUAUCUUUCAAAUUAUGUUUGUUUGUAGGAAGUCCUUAAUUAAUUACUGUUUGUUAAGUUUGUUUCUUCAAAGUCUUAAAUAGUAGGGGAGAUAAUUACAUAUUUGUCAAAACAUGGAGUUUGAUGAUUUAUUGUUUUGACCUUACCUCUUACGAUAAUAUUUCAUUAUUGUAGCACUUAGACCAUCACAACACUCAUACUUUAACGUUGACUUGCGAUAAUCGUAGCAUUAAGAGGAAGACUUGUACGACACUCAUACUUUAAUGCUGACUUGCAAUAAUUGUAGCACUAUGACUUGUACGACACUCAUACUUUAAUGUUGACUUGCGGUAAUCGUAGCACUAAGACUUGUACGACACUCACACCUUAUCAUCGACUUGCGAUAAUCGUAGCACUAAGACUUGUACGACACUCAUACUUUAUCAUCGACUUGCGAUAAUUGUAGCACUAAGACUUGUACGACACUCAUACCUUAUCAUCGACUUGCGAUAAUCGUAGCACUAAGACUUGUACGACACUCAUACCUUAUCAUCGACUUGCGAUGAUUGUAGCACUAAGACUUGUACGACACUCAUACUUUAUCAUUAAUUUACGAUUGUCAUAGCACGAACAUUGUAACAAGAUUCAAACUCACUGACUUACGAUAGUGAUAGCUCGAUGACUGUCACAACACUCGAACUUUUGACUUGACUUUGACUUGCAAUAGUUGAAGAAUCAACAUUUAAUUAAUCCUAUCAUGACAAAGCACAAACUGAUCAAUGGGCCCAGAAUCAAAUGAGUUUGAUCUCUUUUCAUUAAAGGUAUGGUUGGGAACUGGCUAUUUAUCAUGCAGGGAAGAAGGAUAGUUAGUAAAAGGUCAUGAAAAUACUGACACAGCAAACGAGAGCUACAAUGUAAAAACAUUAAUUUCAUGCAGGCUUCCUGGGCCUCCUUUCACAAAGCACUAAGGUGAUCGUAAGUCACCAAGGUAACCUUAGUGCAGUGUUAAAGAAUGGGAGUUAAGGUUAACCUUAGUAAAGGUUGCUUCAUGAAAGGAGCCCCAGAUCUGUAAAAUAGUCAAGCUGAAAAAAAGUUUUUCCCUGGCGUCCAUGGAUCAGCCAUUGGUAGAUAUACAUAUCACAUGACCUUAUUACAGUUGCGAGAGACAGGAAAACCCCAGAUGGGUCACAGAGGCUAUAGUCAACAAAUACUGUGUUGUUAGGAUAACAGUCAUAUCAGUGUACAUAGAUCAGCAUUGUGUCUAUCACCUUGCACAAGGAGGCAUGCACUCUCAUCACAGGGGGCAUCUCAAAAACAUUUUCAGCCUUUAUAGUGUCCAGCUUUUUAGAUGACGUCCAGACUGCCUCCACAAUGUUUUUUAACGGGAGAGGAGGGUGGAGCUGGGUAUUAUGAGAUGGGGUGGUGUGCAGGGGUGAUCUCUCAGCAGAAGCACUGCACCACUGU